AUGAACGGAAUCUUCUUCGAGAGCGACACGAAAACUCCGAGCACUCCUGCGGGCCAUUGCAAGCCUCUUCAGCCGUUGUUGGCACUCCAUGUCGACGCCCACGAGAACAUUGAACAGCUCUUUGGCCAUGCCCCCGUUCUCAACAUGGCCUUCGGCUGCUGCCGGCGCAAGAGGUGCCAGCUCCAAUCUUACAUGUUAAGCGCUAGGCUCUGCCUUGGCACCAGGUUCGGCUUCGAGGGUGGUGUUGAACAAGGCCGCCGCUUUGAGCAGUCAAACCCCGCACCCUCGAACGGCUACAUUGUGUUGACCAGUACGCCUUCGUCACGGACAUGGCGUGCUGCGCCUGCAAAGCGGUCUACAUGGGUCAGUGGGAGUACGGCGUCUCAUCCCAAGAUUGGUCGCUAUGUCGGGGACUGGAAAGACAAUCAGAUGCACGGUGACGGGCUCUUAGAAGCCGCUAACGGUGCUUGCUAUACCGGCCAAUGGAGCGAGGGGCGCUUCCACGACGAAGGCUAUCUUCAACUGGCCGAUGGGACGACUUUCGAGGGGAGCUGGCGAAAGGGCAAGCAGCAUGGCGCCGGCAAGCUGCAUCUUCCGGACGGCAAGACCUUCGAAGGCCAGUGGGUCAAGGGCGAGGUGGAGGGCAAAGGAACCCUCACCUACGGGGAUGACCGCAAGAAGUACAAAGGCCAGUUCCGGGCAGCAAAGCCUCACGGCUUCGGGUCCAUUGUUUACGCAGAUGGCUUGUCCUACGAGGGACAGUGGCAGUACGGCAAGCCAGCUGGCAAAGGCAAGUGGUGCACCAAGGAGUCGGAGGGGCGAGAGCUGACCCCCGUCUCCUCCGUGCGGCCGUCACCGCGAGAGCUGCAAGGGGUGCUGGGCACAGCUUGGCUCGAAUGCCAUGGAACUGCCCAGAUGACGCUUUGCAGCACUGGGCUCCCGGACCAGGGAUGCUCGCAGCGGUGCGCUGAAAAGACGUCAACCUCGGAGAACCACGAGAGUCUGCCCACUCUUCUGCGCUCGAUCUACGAAGGCAAGCCGCGCCUGUGCGACAGUGAGGCAGCGGACAUCUCGACAGUCAGCUUCGACAGGUAUUUGCCCGACUUCGACAAGAAGCUCGGAGCAGGAGCUUAUGGUCAAGUCUAUCCGGUUGUUGGCAUGCCGGACAAGGUGGUGAAGAUAUUCCGCCGGAAUGAUUGGACGGAGGUUGUCAAGGAGUCCUCUUUCGCCCGGUGCAUGAAGGCACGGGAUCCCAGCCACUACGUGGACUGCCUGGGCAUCGGCAGCACCAGAAGCGCAGCUGAUUGCGCCGAUCAUUUCUUUGCUGUGUUUGAACGUGCCCCGGGAAUCACUCUGGGCGAUGCUGCGUAUCGGUUCCACCAUCCCUGCGGUAUUCUCCGCAUCUCCCAGGCCCUGGAUGUCUUGGACCAACUUCUGUCUAUCAUCGCCGACAUGAUGAUGCCGGAUGCGCAGGGUCUUCUGCAGAUUCAUCUCGACCUGAAGCCUCAGAAUAUCAUGGUGAGUACAUCUCCGGAUGGGCUUCUACAGGUCGCUUUGAUCGACUACGGCCUCGUCGAAACUUGCGCAGCCGAGAGCUCUGAGGCGAAAGACGCAGCCUUGCAGCUGUUUCGGUGGGUCGGCUGGGAGUUCCUGUGGAUCUUGGCAUCGGAAGCCUUUUGUUUAAGCGGCCGUGACGACCAAAGUCCCUGGGAGCAGCUUCCGGAAGGAUUCCGCCCCUUCUUCCGGCGUUCGGACUUUCGGCCGCCAGCAUACCAAACAGAUCGGCUCAGCCCAGGUGUCCUCCAGGCUGCCCUGCAAGAGGACUUCUUUUCACAAGUGCUCUCGCCGCCCUUCCGAAAAUUGUGGGUGAAUGUCAGGCAGGCCAAGCAGGAGCUGGGUAGGAUCUUGGGCGAGCUGUUCUAUGGCGUGGCAUUGGCAAGUGACCGGCUGGACUUUGAGCCGGACUUUGAUGCCUACCGUGGGCAGAUACAGUCACUACGGAGCCUAUUGGUCUGCGUCGGGAGGUGA